AUUUUUAAUAUCCAUAUCCGAAUCUAUAUAUGUUUAGUAUCGAAAACAUCCGUUUCAUUCGGGGUUGGAUUCGAAUAAAAUUUCGGGUAUUCACACCCAUUUACAUCCCUACUCUCUCUCUCUCUCUCUCUCUCUCUCUCUCUCUCUCGACAAAACCAAAAAAAAAAAGAAAAGGAAAAGGGAAAAGGAAUGGGGCAGAGCCCGUCGAAGAGGGUGGAGGAGGCGCUCCGCGCGUCGCCGGAGUUCGCCGCGGCGUGCGACGGGGCGUUCGCGCGGUGCCGCGCCGAGGCCGCGGGCGCGUUCCCGGGCGUGCUCCCGCACCAGCUCCCGCGCGCGGCCCAACUCCUCCACGCCGACCUCUCCGCCUCCCUGCCCCUCGUCCGCCGCUGGGCCUCGGCCUCCCCGCCCUCCCGCGCCCGCGUCGACGCCGCGCUCCGCCGCGCCGUCCGCGGCGCCGCGGCGGCGGCGGAGGUGGAGGCGCGGGGCCUCGACCGCGACGAGUUCGGGGACUUCGCGGCGGAGCUCUUCGGCGCCGCCGUGCUCGCGGGCGCGGCGGGGGCGGCGGCGCGGNGCGCCGCCGCCGGAGCCGCGGCGAUCGCCGGAGCCGGGGCGGCGGCGCGCGCCGGGCCCGGGGUCGUGGCGAGGGCGGUGGGCGCCUACGCCGCCGCGGUCGUCGUCGCCGUGUACGUGGGCUUGUCGUGAGGUUUCCGCUUUUCGAGGGGUAGGGUUGUAAUUUGUGGGAAAGAUGGGGGCGAAUUGUUGAAAAAUAUCUGCUUCGGUGAUAUAUGCGAAUGGCCCAUGUAUUUUAGCGAUAUAGCAAUUUAGCCGCUGAAGCUUUUUAAUAAAAGAAUUUAGUUAUGCGGCCUAAAAUAUACCGGCCAAAUU